GCAGAUUGUCUAUGAUGUACGGUGAAGGGAGGAGGGACGGACGGAUAUCGCUUCGUUGACGCCUAAAAUAAUUAUUUCAUGGUGUUUUGUGAUAAAAUCCAUAUAUGCGGAAUACAUUUAGUGAAUAUAUUAAAUUCUUCGAUUGUGUUCGUGUGUAAAGGUGUAAUUAGGUGGCUUAUUCGUUAAUCUCCACUGAUUACAUUCCGACCGCUCCCUCGCGCAAAGUACGUCAGACGUUAAGUAUUUUUCGUACUGUUUGUACUACUUGCGAUAGUAGGCCGUAAUAGUAAAAGCUGUUGGAAAGUGCAUUUGUACGGGAAAUUGUCGGUGUAAAAAACUAUCUCACGUUCCAUUUAUCUGAAAGCGCUAUGAGUUGAUCGUUUAAGUUUGUGAGAUAUUGUCGUUUGUGGCCAUUUUUCGGUACUUUUGUAGGUCAAUCUUCGAACAGUGAUGGCGUUAAGUCGACAGAGACACUAGGGAAGGCUGGACAGACAUGAUAGCAGCGCAAUGGACGGCGUAAAGAAAAUACAUUCGGGGACGUUGUACCGGAACGGGCCGGUGGAGGGCGCGUACGGUCCGCAGCACAGUCCCGUGUCGCGCUCGGACGCGUCCACGGAGGACGCCGAGCUGUCCGCCGCGCUCGCGCACCAGCACCACCUCGCCAUGCAGGCCGGCGAUUAUCAGGGCGUCGGCGCGGGCGUCGACCCCGACUAUGGCCAGUACGUGUCUUCCCCGGGCGCGCACUACAACCACAUGGGACACCUGACCAUGGCGCCCUCGCAGAAGUACCCACAUGUGAUGGACUCAGUAUCCGUAUCCGGUGGGGGUACGUACGGCGCGACGGGCGGCCAUUACGGAACGUACGGCCACUACGGAGCCACGGCAUACCCAGCACAGCCGGCUUACAUGGUCGAGCCACCGCCGAACGUCCCGCAGUACAUAGGCCAGGAAUAUGUAGAAGGUGGCGGUAGUGCGUCUCCCCGAAGCGCCUCGCCCGGCGCUUUGCCCCCUCAACACAAUUUGCACUUACAACAAAGGUACGACUCAGCGUCGCUAGAACAAAUUGGCCGCCAUUAUUGUGUGACGUCACCCCGCGGCGAGUACGCAGCCGACGCGUACGGCUACCAGCACUAUCCCACCGCCUACGACCCGAACCCGCACCAGCCGCCGCAGUUCAAAGAUUCACAGAAUGGAUUAAGUUUAGGCAGUGCAGGAGGACAAUCAAUGUAUGGAGAUGAAGAGGAAUUACAGAAACAAAUGGCCAACAUGGCGUUAGUGCACGGUGGCGUCGGUCGCGAAGAUGGCGGCGGUCUACAAUGGCGGGAUCCCAACCUUCCAGAAGUCAUCGGCUUCCUAAACUCUCCCUCAGACGUCGUGAAAGCUAACGCGGCGGCGUACCUCCAACAUCUCACGUAUAUGGACGACCCUAACAAACAGAAGACUAGGAGUUUAGGUGGAAUUCCACCAUUAGUCCGGCUAGUGUCCCACGAGAACCCCGAAGUGUGUCGCAACGCGUGCGGAGCCCUAAGAAACUUGUCCUACGGCCGGCAAAACGACGAGAACAAGCGGGCUAUAAGGGACGCUGGCGGCAUUCCGGCGCUCAUGGCGUUAUUAUGUCGAGCUACUGACAUGGAGGUUAAAGAACUGGUGACUGGUGUAAUAUGGAACAUGUCGUCGUGCGAAGACCUAAAGCAGUCGAUCAUAGAUGACGCGGCUCAAGUCAUCGUCAACAAAGUCAUCAUUCCACACUCCGGCUGGCAUCCGACCAACCCUGGGGAUACCUACUGGUCCACAGUAUUCCGGAACGCGUCGGGCGUGCUGCGCAACGCGUCGUCGGCGGGCGAGUACGCGCGGCGGCGCCUGCGCUGCCUGGGCGGGCUGGCCGAGGCGCUGCUGCACGCCGUGCGCGCCGCCAUACAGUGCAACGCCAUCGGCACCAAGAUCGUCGAGAACUGCGUCUGCGUGCUGCGGAACCUGUCCUACAGAUGUCAAGAAAUAGAAGAUCCCCUAUACGACACUAGAGCACCACCUACCCAAUCCUCUGGCCAAGCGAGGAUACAAGCUAGCGCUUCCAAAGGUGAGAACCUAGGCUGUUUCGGCGGCAGUAAAAAGAAAAAGGAAGGUUCAUCGUCGUCAAACUCCACCAGCCCGCUCGGCAAGAGCGACCCCGACCACCAGCCCCUUGGAGACACCAGCUCCAACACUCAGCUCGGGUACAGUGUACCCAAGGGCACUGAAAUGCUCUGGUCACCUGAGGUGGUGCCACUAUACAUGGCGCUGCUCCAAACAUGUUCUAACCCGGAGACGCUAGAGGCCGCUGCGGGCGCGCUGCAGAACCUCGCCGCCUGCUACUGGCAGCCUUCCAUUGACAUUCGGGCGGCUGUAAGGAAAGAGAAAGGUCUACCUAUACUAGUAGAGCUGCUUCGAAUGGAAGUGGACCGCGUGGUAUGCGCGGUGGCCACAGCACUGCGGAACUUGGCCAUCGACCAACGCAACAAGGAGCUCAUCGGGAAAUACGCCAUGCGGGACCUAGUGCAGAAACUACCCAGCGGGAACCAACAACAUGACCAGCAGGCCACAUCAGACGACACGAUCGCGGCUGUCCUGGCCACACUAAACGAAGUGAUCAAAAAGAGCGGCGAGUUCAGCCGCUCGCUGUUAGAAGCCAGCGGCGUGGAGCGUCUACUCAACCUCACCAAGCAGCGCCAUCGGCAUACGCCCAGAGUGCUGAAGUUUGCAGGGCAAGUGCUGCAGACUAUGUGGUCGCACGCGGAGCUGCGCGAGGUGUACCGCAAGCACGGGUGGCGCGAGGCAGACUUCCUCACGCCCGCGCGCGCCGCGCAGCCGCGCACCGCCUCUAACGCCACCGCCUCCGGUACGUGUACCCACCUCCACAACAAGGGUGGCGGCACGCCGGUGGGCGGCGCGCCGCACUCGCCCAGCAACGCCAACAGCACGCUCAGCCGGCCCAUGGCCAGCACCGGCGGCACGCGGUACGAGGAUCGCACCAUACGGAGGCACAGAGAGAACGAUGACGCCCCAACGAUGGACGUGAAUAACUACCAAGACGGUCUCGGCAUGGGUAACCCCAACGGCCGGCCCAUGAACCUCCAAGGCGUGCAAGCUUCCAUGCCCAUGCCGCCCAGCAGUCGCUAGUGCGCUCAACACAGAUCGUGGGGGUAACUUGCGUGUCACACUAUAAUCAA